CCCGUCUAUCUAUAAAAGGAUCGCAAUGAACCAUGAAACUCCUCAAAAAGCAAGUCAGCGCGAAAGAUGGCAGUGGUACAGUCCUCCUAAGACCUGAUACAGCUGAAGAUCUCUGGCAUGCUUACAAUUUGCUUCAAAAAGGUGAUUUGGUCCGCUGCACGACCGUUAGGAAGGUCGUCAAAGAAUCGACGACGGGUUCGACUUCGAGCAGCAAAAAAAGGAUGAUGCUAACGAUUGAACUGCAGAAUGUUGAUUUCGAUCCCGAUGUCCUACAGGUUCGGCUAUCGGGAACUGUCCAAAGCGAAAACGACAAUGUACGGAUGGGAGCGCAUCACACACUAACACUGGAACUGAAUCAAAACUUUAGCAUUGAGAAAGCGUGUUGGGAUCAAGUUUUUCUAGAUUUGCUCGACGAGGCGACCCGCCCAGAGCGACAAGCUGAAAUAGCAGCCGUGGUGAUGCACAAUGGUUUAGCACAUGUAUGCCUGGUAACGGGAGCGCUGACCAUCACAAAAGCUCGAGUUGAAGUGAAUAUUCCAAAGAAAAGAACCGGUAGCUCAGCCCAUUCCAAAGCCAUCACCAAAUUUUACGAGGCAGUCUACCAAGCUGUUCUACGCCACAUUGAUUUCAGCAAAGUGAAAUGUGUGAUACUGGGCUCACCAGGUUUUGUCAAAGAUGACUUUCUUAAAUACAUCCAGACGGAGUCGGUUCGACGCGAUGAUCGAGCGUUUGUGGAAAACAAAUCUAAGUUUGUACUAUGCAAAGCUUCUUCGGGCCACAAACACGCCCUUGAAGAAGUUUUUUCGGAUUCAACUAUUACUUCUCAAAUGACGGAGACCAAGGUUGCUCGGGAAGUAGAAAUUCUCAAUAAGUUAAUGCGAAUGAUGGAGCGUGAUCCUGACCGUGCCUACUACGGAUACGACCACGUGGCCAAGGCACACGAGCAGCUCGCUAUUGAUGCUUUGCUGGUCACUGACGAAUUAUUUCGAAACUCAAAUAUUAAGACGCGGAAGAAGUACGUACAGCUUGUCGAAUCGGUUCGCGAGAACGGUGGCCAAGUUUUCGUCUUUAGUUCCAUGCACGUUUCAGGCCAACAGCUCCAACAGGUGUCCGGGGUGGCUGCUAUUCUCCGGUUUCCAUUGCCGGAUUUGGACGAACUAGAAGAUCUGGCAGCUAAACACGACAAUGAUGAUGCAGACCUGCUUGUAGAAGAUGAUAUUGAUUACAAUUCUCAACAACGGAUGCAGGAAGACAUGCAAGAUAUGGGUCUGUAAAAAAGUCAUUUAUGUUGCUU